UCACAACCCGGGUGUCCACCUUCAAACAACUUCCUGUUUGUGUAUUAGCGGAUAUGAAGGAGUUUUUCCGCUGUUCUCAUUCCUCUCCUUCCCAAUUCUACUUUUGAUUUAAUACCUGACUAAAACUGAGGACUAAAGAUGUCUGAAACCGGGAACCGACUACGGAAGCUUCUCGAAUCGCCCAAUUUCGACCCGCAAAGCUACGUCAAGCAGUUGUCCCAGCAGUCCGACGGAGACAGAGACCUGCAGGAGCAUCGGCAGAAAAUCCAGAAUCUGGCCGACGAGACGGCCCAGAACCUCAAAAAGAAUGUUUACAAGAACUACAGGCAGUUCAUCGAGACGGCCAAGGAGAUCUCAUACCUGGAGAGCGAGAUGUACCAGCUGAGCCACAUCCUGACCGAGCAGAAGAGCAUCAUGGAGAGCAUCACUCAGUCCCUGCUCUCCACGGAUAAAGAUGAGACCUCCAAGGAGAUGCAGGCAGCCUUCCCCAAGGAGACAGAGGAGCUGAAGCAGAGGACGCUCACUUCCCUGCUGGAGAAGGUGGAAGGAGCAAAGAACAUCAUGGACACCCCGGGGAGGCACCUGGUCUACAAUGGAGACCUGGUAGAGUUUGACGUGGACAACAUGUCGCCCAUCCAGAAGGUUCACGCUUUCCUCAUGAAUGACUGCCUGCUGAUCGCCACCUGGUUACCCAACCGCAGAGGCACGGUGAAGUACAAAUACAACGCCUUGUACGACCUUGAGAGCUUCGCCGUGGUGAACGUGAAGGACAACCCCCCCAUGAAGGACAUGUUCAAGAUCCUCAUGUUCCCCGACAGCCGCAUCUUCCAGGCGGAGAACAGCAAAGUGAAGAAAGAGUGGCUGGAGAUCCUGGACGAGACCAAGAAGAACAAAGUUUCCAAGGAGAAGCACAAGAAGGAGGAGGAGGUCCCCAUGUCUCCGGUGCGGGCCGAGGUGUCCACCAACCCCUUCGACAUGGAGGACGAGGAAAUGGUGGAGUCGGAGGACGGCGUGGAUCUCAGCAUGGAGUGGAUCCAGGAGCUGCCGGAGGAUCUGGACGUGUGCAUCGCGCAGAGGGACUUCGAGGGCGCAGUGGACCUGCUGGACAAGCUGAAUGAGUAUCUGAAGGACCAGCCGGCGACGCCCAAGGUGAAGGAGCUCCGGGCGAAGGUGGACGAGCGUGUGCGGCAGCUGACGGAGGUUCUGGUGUUUGAGUUGUCUCCAGAUCGCUCCCUUCGCGGUGGACCUAAAGCGACCCGACGGGCGGUGUCCCAACUCAUCCGACUUGGUCAGUCCACCAAAGCGUGCGAACUCUUCCUGAAGAACCGCGCCGCCGCCGUCCAGACAGCGAUCCGGCAGCUUCGCAUCGAAGGAGCCACGCUUCUCUACAUCCACAAGCUCUGCAACAUCUUCUUCACCAGCUUGCUGGAAACCGCCAAAGAGUUUGAGAUGGACUUCGCGGGCAACACGGGCUGCUACUCGGCCUUCGUGGUCUGGUCCAGGUCGGCCAUGACCAUGUUUGUAGACGCCUUCAGCAAACAGGUGUUUGACAGUAAGGAGAGUCUGUCCACAGCAGCCGAGUGCGUGAAAGUGGCCAAAGAGCACUGCCAGCAGCUAACCGAGAUCGGCCUGGACUUGACCUUCACUCUGCAGUCACUGCUGGUUAAGGACGUCAAGGCGGCCCUGCAGAGCUACAAGGAUAUCAUCAUCGAAGCCACCAAGCACAGGAACUCAGAGGAGAUGUGGAGGAGGAUGAACCUGAUGACCCCUGAGGCUUUGGCCAAACUCAAGGAAGAGAUGCGCAGUUGUGGUAUCAACUUCCAGCUGUACACAGGCGACGACUGCUGGGUCAACCUGAGCUACACGGUCGUAGCCUUCACCAAGCAGAUGAUGAGCUUCCUGGAGGAAGGCCUGAAGCUCUACUUCCCCGAGCUGCACAUGGUGCUGCUGGAGAGCCUGCGGGAGAUCAUCCUGGUGGCUGUGCAGCACGUCGACUACAGCCUGCGCUGCGAGCAGGACUCCGACAAGAAGUCCUUCAUCCUGCAGAACGCCAGCUUCCUGCACGACACCGUGCUGCCGGUGGUGGAGCGGCGCUUCGAGGAGGCUGUGGGGAAGCCGGCCAAGCAGCUGCAGGACCUGAGGAAGAGCACGAGGCCGGUGCGGAUCAACCCUGACAGCACCACUUCCUUGGUUUGAGGCGGUCGGGAACGCCCACACAUCCGUUCCCUCCAUGCAAUUUCACAGCUGACUGAAACACUAAUUGCUGCUUUUUGUUGAGAGGCUGCAGCAGCAGCAGCAAAAUGAAAACAGUAAGCACACCAUUUCUGUUGUCACAUAAAGGUUUAUUUUAGUUUAUGAAAAUAAUUCCUCAUCCAGAGUUGGACAUAGCAAAUACACUGCAAAAACAAAAUCUUACCAAGUAUCUUAGUGUAGUUUCUAGUGUAAAUAUCUUAUUACACUUAAA